UGCACAGAAAUCUGCGAACGCAGCCUGGCCAGCAGCUGUCCAGCUGUCUGUCAGUUUUCAAUUUGUCGUUAAUGGAAGUGUACCGUUUUCUACAGUCUCUACUUUGUGAAAAUUUCGGAAAAUGACUUCGACGGGCAUUCUACCGACUUACCAGCGUUUCGUGAACGGUAUGCCGGUACCUUUACGAAGAUCCUUCAGAUCUAGAGAGCGAUCGGUGAUAUGUUUAGUGGUGGCCACUUUGUGCAUCAUUUGUUUCAGUACCUUUUUCUACUUGCCCGAAUUCCGAAAUUCGGGAGGUAGAGUGGAAAGUAUGUAUAAAGUUUACGAUCAGAUCAAAAGAUCAGGUCCUGAUCUCUUAAUUCCUCCUCCCCCCAAACUGAACGAGUCCCCUGAGGCUCAGAGGAUAUACAGACAUGAAGAUGAUCCCAAGAACGAUCCCCACAUCAUAGGAGACAGGGAGAAACUCAAGGCUAAAAUCGAGGAGGAUCACGAAAUCAAGGUUCUGGAACGUCCGGAACAGGCGGUAACCGAAAAAAAGGAUCCGGAAGUAGCGUCGGUAGAGGAUACCGAGACGGUACCGCCCGGAUCUGCCAAGACUUACCCUCUGAAACAGGGUGGCGAGGACAGGGACGAGUCAGUCAGGAAGAAAAGGGACAAAGUCAAAGAGAUGAUGAAACACGCUUGGGACAACUACGUGAGAUACGCGUGGGGUAAAAAUGAACUUCGACCAGUGUCGAAGAGAGGGCACAACGGUAGCGUAUUUGGUUCACAACCGUUGGGCGCUUCCAUUUUGGACGGAUUGGAUACCCUGUAUAUGAUGGGAAUGAUGGAGGAGUUCAAGCAAGCCAGAGACUGGGUGGCCAAAGAGUUUGAUGUAAAUUCUGUGGUGUCUGACGUAUCAGUAUUCGAAGUCAACAUCAGAUUCGUAGGGGGUCUACUGACGUGCUACGCCUUAACAGGAGACCCCGUUUUCAAAGACAAAGCUCAGCAAAUUGCUGACAAACUUCUCCCAGCUUUCAACACUCCAUCCGGUAUCCCAAACGCUCUGGUCAACUUUAAAACGGGGUCUAGCAAAAACUACGGGUGGGCCAGUGGUAGUUCGAGUAUUCUAUCCGAAUUCGGAACCCUUCACUUGGAGAUGGCCUACCUAAGUGACGUCACAGGCAAUACAAUCUACAGGAACAAGGUUGACAAGAUCAGGCACGUGCUGAACCAAAUGGAGAAGCCCAACGGGUUGUUCCCGAAUUAUUUGAACCCCAGAAGCGGAAAGUGGGGACAACAUCAUAUGUCAAUGGGAGCACUAGGUGACAGUUUCUACGAAUACUUGUUGAAGGCGUGGCUUCAAAGCGCCAAAGAAGACACCGAAGCUAGGCAGAUGUUCGACGAUGCCAUGUCCGCGGUUUUGAAGCAUAUGCUUCAAACAUCGUCCAGUGGCCUGUCGUAUUUCGCCGAAUUGAAGUUUGAAAGGGUCGAACACAAGAUGGAUCACUUAGCUUGUUUCUCAGGCGGAUUAUUAGCCUUAGCUGCAAAAACUUUAAACAACGACUUAUCUUCACGUUACAUGGAUGUAGCCAAAGCAGUUACUCACACGUGUCAUGAGUCCUAUGACAGGAGUUAUACUAAAUUGGGACCAGAAUCCUUCAGAUUUACCGAAGGUGCAGAAGCCAGAGCUUUAAAAACGUCGGAGAAAUAUUAUAUUCUGCGUCCUGAAGUGAUAGAAUCGUACUUUUAUCUCUAUAGGCUGACCAAAGACGAGAAAUACAGGGAUUGGGGCUGGGAAGCAGUACAGGCGUUAGAGAAGUACUGUAGGGCCCCUGGAGGGUACACUGGCCUAAAGAACGUGUACUCCGAGGAGCCACAACAAGACGAUGUGCAGCAGAGUUUCUUUUUAGCAGAAACGUUAAAGUACCUAUAUCUGCUCUUCUCAGACGAUAACCUGUAUCCUUUCGACCAAUGGGUGUUCAACACGGAGGCCCAUCCUCUACCAAUCAAAGGAGUCAAUCCUUACUAUAGGGAGAGCGUCUAACCUCGACCAUGACACUGUUCCAACCUAACUAAUUUCGUUUCACACGAAGGCUAGUAAGAAAAACCGAAAAAACUUCGCAAAGUAACUAAAACGGCUUUAAAACGCGAAUGACACGAUGAGAUUGGGCUGUUUGACUGAAUACAUAGAUUAUAGUAAUUUAUUUAUAAUUAAACAGAGAUGUGAAUUUAUUGAUGUUUUUACUAUGAAGUGAUAUAAAGAUUUUUUUUUUCUAUUAGCGAGUAUAAAUGAACAGGAUUGAGUGGAUGCUACACAAACCGGACAUUUAAUAAUUAUAAAUUGUGUGGGGUCAGCUUAAGCCAUUAUGUAGAAGAUUAAAAUAACUGAAGUAGAUUUUUAAUUUGGAGAAAUAUGGGAGAGUAUUUUACUUACUGCAUACUUAUGAAAAUAUAUGUUUGAAAAAAGGACGUUACAGUAGUAUUUUUAAUAUAAAUCAAUAAUUAUUUAUUUCUUAAUAAUUGUCAUAAGAACUUACUUCCUUAAAAAUAUGGAACAAUAAUAUUAUUGAUUUUCAUUUUAAUUACGAUUGAUUAACUUUUUUUUCGAUCACGCGGUGUAUCGAAAUAUCUAAAAAAAUAGAAUAUGAUUUAUCUCUUCUACAUUUAUUAGACAAAUUUUAUUAAACCUUCAAUCAUGAAAUUUUUUUAUGUGAAUUUUCAAUUAAAAUUUCAGUCGUGAAUUUUAAGUCGUUAUACUUUCAACAGUGAAUUUUCGUUAAACUUUCAAUAGUGAAUUUUUAUUCAUAAAAUUUUAUUCGUAAAUUUUACAGUUUAAAUUUUCGAUAGUGAAUUUUCAAUUGGGAAACUCAAAUAUGAAAUUUUAUUCGUGAAAUAUCAAUUAAAAUUUGAGUCGUGAAACUUUCAAUCGUGAAUUUUCAUUCGUUAAACUUUCAAUACUGAAUUUUCAUUCGUUAAACCUUCAAUACUGAAUUUUCAAUUGGGAAACCUUCAAUCACGAAAUUUUAUAUGUGGAUUUUCAAUUAACAUUUCAGCCGUGAAUUUUACGUCGUUAUACUUUCAACCGUGAAUUGUCGUUAAACUUUCGAUUUCAUAAAUUUUCAAGUUUAAAUUUUUAAUAGUGAAUUUUCAGUUGGAAAAGUCAAUUAUAAAAUUUUAUUCGUGAAUUAUCAAUUAAAAUUUGAGUCGUUAAACUUUCAAUACUGAAUUUUCAGUUGGGAAACCUUCAAUAAUGAAAUUUUAUAUGUGAAUUUUUAAUUAAAAUUUCAGUCAUGAAUUUUAAGUCGUUACACUUUCAACAGUGAAUUUGCAUUAAACUUUGAAUAGUGAAUUUUCAUUCAUAAAAUUUUACUCCUAAAUUUUCAAAUUUAAAUUUUCAAUAGUGAAUUUUAAAUUGGGAAACUAAAUCAUAACUUUUUUUCGUGAAUUAUCAAUUAAAAUUUAAGUCCUGAAACUUUCAAUCGUUACUUUUCAGGCGUUAAACUUUCAAUACUGAAUUUUCAAUUGGGAAAUAUUUUCAAUCAUGAAAUUUUAUAUGUGAAUUUUCAAUUAAAAUUUCAGUCGUUACACUUUCAACAGUGAAUUUUCAUGAAACUUUCGAUAGUGAAUUUUUAAUCAUGAAAUUUUAUUUGUGAAUUUUUAAUUUUAAAAUUUGAAUAAUGAAUUUUUAUAAAUUUGCUAACCUCUAAUAUAGGUUAGCAAUUUUUUUUAAAUUCUAGACACAGUUAUGUUUUGUUAUAAGUAUGCAGUAUUUUAUCGCGUUUGUAUUUAUAUUUAUACUUAAUCAUCCAUUUGUCUCGAAAAUUUUAUUAAUAAAACCAAUCGAUCCCAAACAAAAAAAAAAUAAAGUAAUAAGUCUGAUUUUGUUCAAAAAUUAUCACACACACUCUCAUUAUUUAUCCAUAUUAGAAAUCUAUACCUAUACCAGUUUACAAAAUACUACAUUGUUUCAUUUAUUGUUUGCUUCAAUGAUAUUUAUUGUUUAUUUAUCAUGACUCAUAUUAUUUUGAGAUGCGUUUGAUUAAAUAUUAAUAUUAUUUUCAUAGUGUAUAUUAUAAUAUAUUUUUAAAUAAUAUAACUCUGAGGCCUUUUUGUAAUAUUAUAAUAUAAUAUACACUAGAUAGCAACCAUCUCAAACGCCCUGUAUAUGCUAGUCUACGUUUAUUUUUGUUUAUUGUCUGAAUUUUUACAUUUUUUUUAUUAUUUCAAUACUCUGUCUCUUUCUACUCUGUGUUCAUUUUAUAAUAUGUAAAUAUACCGUAUGAUCGAAAAAACAACGUUGCAAUGAUAUUUCAAAUGACAACUGAUGAUUAAUGUUCGUCCGUUGUCGUUAAUAAAAUUAUAGUCAAUUAUAAUUUCAAAGGUUACUGUGACACCAUUUUCUUUCUCGAUCGUACGGUAUUUGCUUAAAGGCAUAACAAGAAUAAACGUAUUCGUUAUAGGUAGCUAAUCAGAAUAAUUAGUACGUUCUGUUAAUGUUGAAAUAGAAAAUUUAUUAUGUAUAUUGAUUUUGACGCAUUUACUCUCUUAUAGCAUGGCAAAGCCGGUACGUGAGACGACCAAACGCCGAUAUUUUUGUUUUAAAAAAUUUGCUGGUCGUCCAUUACACAUCGGUGAUAUUUAUUUUUCGAAUUUUUCUCUCCGGCUUUUUUUAACACAUCUGUGAUUUAAUUUUUAAGUCCAACAUACCUAUUUUUUUUCGAUGAUAUUUCUGUUAGAGGAAGCCUAACCAUUUCUAUUUUGAUUUUAUUUUUUUAUAUAUCAUAUUUUUAUUUAGAGAAAAAUAAUACCUUUUUUGCUCUCUGGUAAUGUUGGCUUUAAA